GAACAUCCUGGAAAGGAGCUGCUAGGGACGACUCUCAGUGUCAGCCUUAGCCAGACCUACCAAACAGGAGAGGGCAAUCAGAGGACUGCCAGCCACUAGGAAUGGGCAACUGGGCAGAGGCCUGCCUGCUUGGAAGGGAAGUUGAACUCUCCUCAGUGUGGAGAAUGAAAGAUGGAGUGGCCGAGCCCUCCCUUCUCAACUGCCAUCCCUGUCUAUAGGGCUGACUCAGCCUGUUCAAGGCCCAGAACCAUCUUUUGCUAGACCCCAGAGCCUUUGUCUCUAGUCAUGAGGUCUGAGGGGUGGGGACAGUGGAUAAAAGGCCCUAAAGGCAGCGUCCACACCCUUCCACUGAGCUGCUGGCCACAUGAAGCCACCAAUGCAACCCCUAACCCAGGCCCUGCCCUUCUCUCUUGGAAAUGUCCUUCGAGGAACUGGUCUCCAGGUGCCUGUCGUUAAGAUGGGCACAGGGUGGGAGGGCUUACAUCGAAUUCUGAAGGAAGUUGCCUACAUCCUCCUCUGUUGUUGGUGUAUCAAGGAACUGCUGGAUUAGCGGUGGCAGGGAACAUCUGUCACCCCUGACACCCAGACCUGCAUCACUCAGGUGGGACAGGGAGGGUAGACAUCAGGAGGUGUGGCUGCAGCUUCUAUGGUGGAACCUGCAGCCCAGCUCUCCCAUCUUUUCUGUAGCUCUAAGAUUCCUGGAGCCAGCCGGCCUUCACCAAGGAUGGGCCUCCAACAAGUGAAGAGGGAAGCAUGGACCCUGCUUUGAGUUGUCCAUCUGUCUGACCUGCCUCAUCCUGGGGCACCCAUCCCCAGCUCCCGUCUCUGGUGUACUUCUGGUAGGCACGAGCUUGGCUUGCUGGCUAAGACUCCAACAAGAUUGCAGCAGGAUCUAGUACUCCUCCAAAAUUGGCACAGUGGGCCCACCAACUCAGAUGAUUGAUCUUACCAUGUACUUGAAGAACCAGGAAUGGACUGCCCCUAAGAUCUCUGAUAAUCACAGAACUACACAUAUAAUAAAUGAGCCUUGAGGCCAAAAAUUCUAAACGUCUAAUGCGCGCCCAGAAAGGGCUUUAGAGCCAGGGUGCAGGGCAAGGAAGAAGGGUGGAUCUCUGGAGAAGUGAGACUGAUAACUAGGUUUGCUGACUCUGGUGCUGGGGUAGAAGAGCCAAACAGAAGGGCCAGGUUCCUCCCAGCCUCUGCGGAGGGUGGGCAGAAUGGGCAGAGCCGCCUCUGUGAGGCCCAGGGUGUUAGGAUGGGGAUCCAAAAGACAGCCUUUUUCCAAAUAGGUGUGACCUGGGAAGCUCCCUGUCUCUAAGGAACAUGGGGACCAUACUGAGCUAGUCCUCAGCUUGUGGAAGGAGUCCCAGUUCAGACACAGCUGUCAGAGUCGCCACACCAGUCCUUCAAGCCUAUCCCAGCACACCUGGUUCAGGACACAGUCUUGAGGAAGUAGGUUGACUCCUCACUUCCCCUCAGCGUAUGCCACCAACAUACGCUUUCCUUCCAUCAAGAGGAGUUGAUGGACACGUAUAGAAUUGGUUCAGACCUGUCACACCCUCACCUACGCAUGCCCCUCGUCCUCUCUCUUAGCACUCAGCCUAGCCAUCGCCCACCUCUCUCCCGCAACACUGACCUGGAGGUAGUGCAUAGUUCCUCUGCCUCCCUCUCUGGAGCCAGCUCUUCCUUAGCCUUGUUCUUCGUCAGCUCCCUUUUCUCCGGGCCUUUUGGUUUUUGUUUAUUGUUGGUUGUCUGGUUGAUUGUUUGAGUUGGUGUUGGGGACUGAACCCAGGACUCUGCACCUACUGAACAUGCUAUACCAUAGCCUGACUUUUGUUGUCAUACGGAUACUUUGUGCACUAGUUGUGGUGACCCACACACACUAGCUUCAGCACUUGGGAGGCAGAGACAAGCAGAUUUUGAGACCAACCUGAUUGAUCUACACAGCAAGUUCUAGGCCAGCCAGGGCUACACAGUGAGACGCUCUCUAAAAAUAAAUAAAUGAAUAAAUAUG